CGAUCCGAUACAGUCAGUAUUCCUAGGAACAUCACCAAACAUCGGUACGCGGAGAAUUUCAAGACAUCACAAGUCAAUCAACCAGUGGCCCCACACACGCAUGGCGGACAACACGACUAAUCUGAGCACCACCGCACACUACACCCUCGCCAUCGAAGACGUCGAGACCUCGUCCAAGCCAGUGGUAGAUGCCGUCGGCAUCCCUCGACAGAAGACGACGUCGACAUCACGCGUGGUGUGCCUGGACGUAUUCCGCGGCAUCACCAUCUUCGCCAUGAUCUUUGUCAACCUCGGCGGCGGCGGCCUCGAAGCGUUCACCCACGUCGCUUGGAACGGCUUGGAGGUGGCCGACGUCAUAUUCCCGUUCUUUGCGUGGAUCAUGGGGGUAACCAUGAACAUCGGGAUGGCGUCACAUGUGAGGAAAGGAACCCCGCCGUGGCGCAUUCUGCUAGACAGCUUCGUCCGCAGCGUCAAGCUGUUUCUGUUGGGUUUGGUCGUGAACAACGUCCGGAAUCUCAACACUGGCCGCAUCACGGGCGUCCUGCAGUCGUUCGGGUUUGGCUAUUUGUUGGUCACAACGUGCAUUAUCUUUGGUGGGAUCGUCAAGUCGGACGUGCGAAAGUGGCAGCAGCGCGCGGUGGAGGCGUCGAGUAUGCUAGCGUUCGUGCUCGCCAAUGUCUUGAUUACGUUCUACUUGCCCGUGAAGGGGUGCCCCACGGGGUAUAUCGAAAACGACAUUGAAGGGUGUGUGGGCGGAGCGCAUUUGCACAUUGACUUGCUUCUGUUUGGCGAAGAGCACAUGUACAUCCCUGGCUUUAACGACCCCGAGGGAUUCUUGAACUGGUUCAUGGUCGCGUUCAUGGCGUACAUUGGGUACGUCGUCGGCGGCUCGUUUUUUCAAGCGAGGGAAUCGGUACGCAACCAUGUCGCAUAUUGUGAUGAUAUUGGCCUAUAUCAGCGAUGGGAUUGUUUGUACAUUGUUAGCGCCACAAGUUGAUGGUGCUGAUUGGGGCGGGUAUUUGCCUGGUGUUUGUGGGGUUGGCGUUGACGGGUUUUUCUGUCGUGGACGGUCCCAUUCCGAUCAACAAGCAAAUGUGGAGCCUGUCGUUUGUGCUCACGGUCGCUGGCCUCGCGAGUUUGAGCUUGGCGCUGCUGUAUGCUGCCGUGGACAAGUUUGUGAUCUGGAGGGGCAUGCCGUUUAUGCAAAAUGGCAUGAAUGCGAUUGCACUCUAUGUGGGGCAUGAAGUGAUGGGCCAGCACGUUCCAUUUGGCUGGGAUAUUGACGACGAAUCCAAGACCCAGCGGGUGCUGAGCAACGCUGGCGGCGCGAUUUGCUGGACCUUGAUUGCCCUUUGGAUGCACAAAAAGGGGAUUUUCAUCACCGUGUAAACUUCGCCCGCAGCUAUGAUAUUUCUGCACGUCGACUCGAUUUUUAUACGAAAUUCAAUUAAG